AAUAUAUUAUUUUUAUUGAAAUAAAAUUGAUGUAUCGUGAAAACACUUUCGAAGUACUCAACAAUAGGCAUGACAACUUUAACUUUAAAAAGGUCCUCCAGAAGAGAAAAGAGUUCUAUACGAAUAAUGUCCUGGUGAGGGGUCAAGAUACCCCAUUAACCCAAAAUUAUGAUGCAACGAAAUAGGUUACAAUAUAGUAAUGACUUUAUUGAUAACAUUCAUGAUAAAUACCUUGUGACCAAUAUCACAGGCGGAGAGCCAACCUAUCAUAACCAAAUUUUGUACAAAAAUUUGCAGAACAAUCUUAACAAAAUGACCAGAGCAAUGUAUCCCAAAGGAGAUGGUUACGCUAAUAGUUUAAGCGAGACCAGAGCCGAUAUGUCAUAUUAUCAACAAAGCACUAGUGAUUUAUCUGUUUUACAGGCGAAGACCCCUCAGAAUAAGUACGCUUCUAAGGUUGAUAUCUGUGUUGGGGAUGCAGACAUAAAACUCACAAAGAGGCCAUUUUUGUCCAACAUGUACUCAAAUAGAACAGUAAAACCUUCCCUAUUGCACAGUUCUGCUGAGAAAAUGUUUCAACGGAAGUCAGUUCAUACUUCAACACGUUAUAAUACAAUUAUGAAACAUAACAUGACUGUGAAUUCUUCUAUAAAUAAACCAUCAACUAGCGAUAGUAAAAUGCUCCCGAAUAUCCAUGGGAAUAAAUUCGCAAGUAUGGUUGAAACACCUAACAGGAUUCAAAGAAAUCAUCAAGAAGGAACAAAGCUACUCUCAAUGUCUCCUAUAAGGCCUAAAAACAAGUUCCCAGGUAGCCAUACAAACUACCUGAUUCAGAACACUAGGCUUAUGAGCAGUGAAAGAUAUCCUGUUGCAAAUACAACUCUUAACAAAAGUAAAGAAAAAGUUGUUAAGAAAUCCAAAGUGCAAUUCAGAAGUAAAGAGCCAGCUAGCAUCAAUCCAAAACCAGAUGACAGAUUUAUGUAUAUCAUCCCUGAAGGUAGUGAUAUCACUUGCAAAGACCUAAAGGUUAUCAGAAUCAAUUUGACAGAUUACGUGAAUUACGUGUUUAGUUACACCCACAACACUCCUGAAGAAGACCCUUCCCUCUUGUAUAACGUAAAGUACCAAAGAAUGGGUGUUUACGAAAAACUUGAGGUCACUAAGCCAAGUAUUGACAUGCAAAACCAGUUCUUAAGACUUCUACUAGAACAGAUAGAAAAUUAUGAAAAAUCAUUCAUAAAGGUACCAAAAGCCAAUGAAGGUGAAGAAAUUGGAUACAACUUUUUGUAUAACACCUGUGGUGAAAGGAUCGAUAGCAUAUUCGAUAUCUCCAAAGCAACAAAGGUGCUAAUAGCUGCCAAGAAUAAGUACAACCUCAAACAGAUAAAAGCAACUGGAGCUUUUGAGAGAACCAAGGCAGAUUUUGAUGACAAAAAGAAUUCAAUCUCUACAGAAAAUGAUAAAAAGGACAAAGAAGUCCAGUCCACAAUUAGACACGCUUGUGUUGAAUGGCUUAGGAAGAACUUAAUCCCUCUUGACAGUAAAUUUAGAGACAUUAAGAUUGGAAACAAAGUUACAAGAAUUACUCAAAAUAAAGCCAGAGAGCCAUCUAUAGAAGAAAACACAUUCUCGCUACAAGAAUCAAUGACAGAUGAUGACAUCUUAGAGAGAGUAAUAGAACAGACCAUCAAGAAGCAGCAAAAGGCUAGAUCUGAGAGACAAUUCUAUGAUUCUUUAAAACCAACUGACUCGAAUGAAAAAUCUUAUGUCUAUUGUAGGUAACGGUGUAAAACUCCCUGGCAAGACUAUCGUUGCAAGGAAACCUAGAUUUAUAUCACUAAAAGGCAAAGCUACAGAUGAGAGUAAAGAGGCUGAAAAACCAUUAUU